AGCAGAUAUCACAGCCAGCACACCUCCCCAUAGCAGACCACAACAGCAACAGUCGGCUCGGUGCACCCCUCCCUCCCUCUAUCUUAUGGUACACACAGUGACACUCAGUACGAAGCCCAAGUCAUCGCAUCCACGCGCCUCUCAAACACGAAUCGUCUCUUGCUGUCCGUCCAUCCAUCCAUCCAUCCUCAGCGCUUAUCGCACGACCGCCGUCACGGCAACAUACACUUCAAUGAAGUGUGCAUUUUCGUAUCGUCCCGUCCGGUCGGGCUAUGAGCACUGAGGUGGACAAGGCUCACUGGAAGACGCAACGCAACGUGGGAUUGUGUGUGUGUGUGUAUCCGUGCCGUCAUCUACGCGUACAGUGUUGUAUUGUCGGCCAGGCAGCCAGCCGGCUGUUCCUGCCUUGCUCCCACCACAGACAGAAACGGAGAAACGCGAGAAUCAAUCAACCCUCACAAUUCGCCGUCACCGUACGCAGUGGAAACAAGGCAGCAACAGUUGGGGCUUAGCCAAAGCAGCAAGUAACCCAUCAACCAGGUAAGUGGGUAUUACACAUAAGAGGGUACAAGACACACAGGACAAUACGAGACGACCAACACACGUGCUCUUGCUCUCUUCUGCCACCGUGCACUGUUUGCUGCCCGCCGCACCCACAUCGGCCUCCCUCAUGCCGGCACUCCACGUGUGUCGCAUGACCACUGGAUCGGACAGGCAUCAGACGUGAAUCCCCGGCAACUUAGAGACCGAUGUGUGCGCGGGAGCAGCAGAUGGCCAUACACACAUACACACACUGCAUUAGCACCCCCUUCGUGCGAUCGGUCUCGUGUGUUACACAUCCAGCCAGAAAGACGUCCGGACAUACAAAGACGUGUCCAUCCAAUACAUACGCACACAUUCUCUCUGGGUGCGUGGCCGUGGCGGGGCGGGGCAUCCGCGCGCUGCCGUGAUAAAAGCGCUGCUGUGAAAAUGGCCUGCCUGCCUGCCUGCCCGGAAAUCACGAAAAAGGCUUCCUCCGUCACUGGUUGACCCAAAAGUAACCCAUCCAUCCAUCCAUGUGUGUGUCAUCCAUGCCACGUAUGUCAGAGGAUCUGCCACUCAUCGCCGGCGUGCCCGCCCUCUAGCUCCGACCGCAAUGUCUCCGUCUUGAGAGCAGACUGCACACACCACAAACAGGGGCGCACACACACAUAAACAUUGCUCGCGCAUACGCCCCCACACACGGAUCUCACCUGUAUCCGGAAGUCAGGUCUCGGCGCGAACCAGGUGGUGACGUUGAGGAGCGUGCACUCAUUGCCGAGGUUGGGGUCAAACCGGCACUCGUAGAAUACCCCAUUGUGGUGCAGCACAUAGAGGUGGUUGGAGUGCGCACCGGCGAAGGCACACAGGGGCCCCACGAGCGAGGACAUGUUGGGCAGCCGCACGUCGCUCGCCAGGUGGUCGGACGGGAUGUGAAACUGCGCGAAGCUCCGGGCGGCGCUGAAGUAGCGAGGCAGCACACCCUGACACCGAAUUGAGACAAACAGAUCAGAGAAAGAUGACGACCGGUGUAGAUGUGGUCGUGGUGUCUUGCGGAUCUUGCCUGCCCACCUUGAGGACAUCCGAAACGACCUCGACGCCCGUGUUCAUGACGGCCGUCACAGCGGCCGGCAGCGCCUCCCGCCCCAUCUGCAGCGUCGAAUUCAGACCCUGACCCGCACCGCCACCCCAGUGACCCAAGCCGCCAUACCCCGGGGAACCUGGCACGUUGCCACCCCCACCUCCACCUCCACUGACCCCUCCCGCUGCCCUCUCGCCCCCACCACUGCCGGGAGGUGACCCUGGUGGCAUGGCGUGCUGCAUCGACGGUGACUCGCCGUUGCUGGUGGACAUUGGCUGGGGCGGGUUGACGACUGGCGAGGGGGAGGGGGAGGGCGGGAUGGGCAUCGGCUGCCCAACACCGCCACCAACACCACCACCAACACCAGCACCGCCCUCCAUCGAUCCAUCUGUCGAGGACGAGUGCGAGGGGUUCAUGUAUGGCGACGACUCCGCAGACGAUGGGGGGUUGGGGAUGGAUGGGUUUGAGGGUCGGGGUAGCGAUGCGAUGUGGGUGUGUGGGGGCAGGGGCUGGGAGGGGUUUGGGUUGGAGGGGUUGACGACGAGCUUAAAAAUGUGGAUGGUGGGGGAGGAGGACGCCACGGCCAGGUACUGCGAGUCGGGCCGGAAGGAGAGGCAGCUGAUCAGGCUGCUCUGGGUGCCGCGGCGCAGCUCGUGAUACAGCUGCCCAUCAGUGGCUGAGAACACGCGAACCACCGUACCUGCCACAUCGCACAGUACACAACACGUGAUGUGAUGUGAUGUGAUGUGUGUGUAAGUGCGUUUCCUCUCCUCUGGCGCACGGCACGGCACAGCCACUGACCGGUCUCAGAGGCCGUGGCGAUCAGUGAUCCCUCCUGGUUGAAGGCGAUGGCGGCGAGGGGCGUCUGGUGCGCCUGGAAGGCGUGGCUGCCGUUGUGUGGCGGCACGGCAGCCAUCAUGAGGGACGUCUGCCCACCGCCGAUCUCCGGCGGCCCGUUCUGCACCCUCACCGCCCCACAGGCGACGGCGGGGCAGGCGAGUCGCCAUGCGUUGGUGUGUGGGUCGGGCUGGGGAGCGAUGGCGCAGAGGCCGCGGGGGUUGGCGCCCGUCUGGAUGUGGUCGAUCACUUGCAGAGGGUCACACGCAUACACAUACACCUGUUGGUUGGUUGGCACACAGGACGCAUCGUGUGGGGUUUGUGUUCGUGUUUGUGUUGCGUUGUCCGUCCGGUGCGUACAGCGUAUUCGGUGACGAGUGCGAUGAUGUCCCGUGUGAGGCAGACGCCCUUGAUCUCAGCGCGUGACCGCAGCUCGCCCACGAACUCGCCCUUCUGGUCGUCCCAUAUCUUGACCUUCCGCGGCUCACACGCACUCACGAGGGCAAAGAUGUUGGUGCGGUACAGCAUGCCCGCCAGGGCGAUGGCCGGCGACUCACGCUGGUCGCGAGAAUGACCCCGGUUCUGUAGACAAGUCAGACAGACAGACAGGCAAAGAGAGUGAUGAAGGCGUGUGUUUUGGUGUGUGUGUGUGUGUGUGUGCGUGUGGCGUGUGGCUGCGAGUCACCCCUCCGUUGGUCUGCAUGGCUCCAUCUUCCCUCCUCGAGAACUCGUGGAGCGGCUCACACGUGUAGACUCGGAAGCCUCGCGUGGUGCCGCAGACGAAGCACGAGCUGUCCUGGUUGAAGGCGCACGACAACACGUAGCAGCUACUCAUCGAUACCACCCACUCGAAGCCACCCGGAUGACGUUCUCCUCCUCUCGCCUCGCGACGCACUUAUCCACAGGACGGUCACUACUCUGUGGCGGACAGACUAUGAGAAGCCAGAUAUUCG